CUGUCACUCAGCCAGGCCACGGUUUUAUUUUAGCUCGGAGCUGGAGACCUCAGACGGAGACCCAGGCGCCCCGGACCGAAGCUCGUGUCCUCUGUCCUCCCGACGUGGCCCCUGUCCGGCCCCCUCUGCUUGCUUCCGCCAAGAUGGGCAUCUCGCUCCUGGUUGCCCUCUGCCUCCUGACUCAGGAGCUCGGUUUCUCCGAGGGGACACCCCCAACUCGGUUCCCGUGGCGCCGCCCUGCGGGGCUGAGCCGAGUGAAGAGAGCCUGGGUCAUCCCACCGAUCAGCGUGUCUGAGAAUUACAAGAGGCUCCCUUAUGCCCUGGUACAGAUCAAGUCAGACAAGCAGCAACCAGGAGGAGUCAUCUACAGCAUCAAGGGCCCCGGUGUGGAUGAGGAACCCAAGGGCAUCUUCUCCAUUGACAAGUUUACCGGGAAGGUCUUCCUCAAUGCCAUGCUGGACCGGGAGAAGAAUGACCGCUUCCGGCUGAAGGCUUUUGCCCUGGGCCUGGGCGGGACCACGCUGGAGGACCCCACCGAUCUGGAGAUUGUCGUGGUGGAUCAGAAUGACAAUCGGCCCCUCUUCCGGGAGAAGGUGAUCACAGGCCACGUCCUAGAGGGAGCCAUCCCAGGCACCUACGUGACCAAAGCCGAAGCCACGGACGCGGACGACCCGGACACGGACAACGCGGCGUUGCGUUACUCGAUCCUGGAGCAGGGCGGGGCCGAGAUCUUCAGCAUCGACGGGAGCACGGGCGAGAUCAGGACGGUGCAAGUCGGACUGGACCGGGAGGUGGUCGGGGUUUACAACCUGACGCUGCAGGUUGCCGACUUACAUGGAGAUGGGCUCACCAACACGGCCACGGCCGUCAUCUACAUCGACGACGUCAAUGACAACCCCCCAGAGUUCGAGACUGACAAGUUCUCCGUGGAGGUGGCGGAGGCCACCGCUGGGGUAGACGUGGUCCGGCUGAGCGUACAGGACCGAGACCUGCCCGGCUCCCCCAACUGGGUGGCCAAGUUCACCAUCGUGGACGGAGACCCUGAGGGGGCGUUCGCCGUCCGCACGGACCCCAAGACCAACGAGGGCAUCUUGUCCGUGGUGAAGCCCCUGGACCACGAGACCAGAGAACGCUACCAGCUCACAGUCUCCGUGCAGAACCUGUCCCCGCUCCAGGCCUCGGCGGCCCAGACGGCCCCGGCCCUGGCCUCGGUCACGGUGAAGGUACAGGAUGUGAACGAGCCACCUGUGUUCCACGGGAACCCCCGGCGGGUGAGCAUGGCGGAGGGGGCCCCGGCUGGGAGUGAGGUCACCACCUUCUCCGCCAGCGACCCUGACCUCCAGCAACAGCAGCAGCAGCUCAGUUAUCUGAAGGACUACGACCCCGAAGACUGGCUGCUGGUGGAUCCCCACUCAGGCAGGAUCCAGACCAAACGGACCCUCAGCCACAAGUCCCCAUUCCUCAAGGACGGCUGGUACCGGGCCAUCAUCUUGGCCAGUGACAACGCCACCCCUGCCCGCACAGCCACAGGGACCCUGUCCAUCGAGAUCCUGGAGGUCAACGACCACGCCCCCAUCCUCACGCCACCGGCCGGGGCCCUGUGCAGAGAGCCAGGGCAGGGCGGUGGCCUAGUCCUGAGCGCCACGGACGAGGACCUGCCCCCGCACGGGGCCCCGUUCCUCUUCCAGCUCCACCCCAGCUUCCCCGAGCUCUCUCGCAACUGGACCAUCAGCCCAGUCAACAUGACCCACGCGGUGCUACGGGUGCGGCCUGGGGGCCAGGAAGGGCUGUACACUCUCCCCCUGCUGCUCAGCGACUCGGGGCAGCCGCCACAGCAGCGGGAGCAGCUGCUCAACGUGACCGUGUGCCACUGCGGCGAGGCGGGCGGUUGCGUGCCCGAGGCCGCCGCCCUCCUCUCCGGGCGGGCCGGCAUCAGCCUGAGCGCCCUUGUCAUUGUGCUGGCCAGCGUCAUCCUCCUGUUGGCGCUUAUCCUCCUCGUCGCCACUCUGGAGCGUUUCCGCCAGCGGGCACGGGAGAAAGGGCUGCUUGACGGCCUGCAGGACGACGACGUGCGAGACAACGUCCUCAACUACGAUGAGCAGGGAGGGGGCGAGGAGGACCAGGAUGCAUAUGAUAUAAACCAGCUGCGCCAUCCCGUUGCCGGACUCCCGCCGCCCUCCCCCCGGGCCAGGCCAGCCUUGCGCAGAGAUGCCCCCUACAACUUCAUCGUCCCACAGCACCCCAGGAAACCGCCCGCAGGACCUUCAGACAUCGCCAACUUCAUCAGUGACGGUCUGGCGGUGGCAGACAGCGAUCCCAGCGUCCCCCCCUACGACACGGCCCUCAUCUAUGACUACGAGGGCUCGGGCUCCCCUGCCGGCACGCUCAGCUCCAUCCUGUCCAGCCAGGGCGACGAGGAUCAGGACUACGACUACCUCAGCGACUGGGGACCCCGCUUCCUGCGGCUGGCCGACCUGUACGGGCAGUGAGGGGCGGACGGGGCGGGGCACGCUACCCCCACCCCCCGCUCAGUGCUCUGGGACCGAGGCCCCGAUCAGCCCCUGUGACCUCCACCCACCAGCUGGACCGCUCCUUCUGUCAAACUGGAGUUUGCUCAGCUCCACGGCCCUGCCCUUCCCGGCCACCGCAUGACAGAUAGGGACGCAGUCCAGAGCCCGGGGUGGGUUGGAUCUUCACCUCUAGGGGGGCGUAGCAGGGGCCUCGGGGCUGCUUUAAGCUCCCCAGAGUAAGGACCACCCCGCCCUCCCCGGACUCACCCCAAACACGGGUCCCCCACUUGCCGUCUUAAGGGGGAGGGGAAAGGAGAUGACAGGCAGGAGAAGGUCUGGUCGUGAGCUGGUCGGCAGGAAUAUGGAGGGGCAUGGAAACAGGGUGUGGGGGACCGGGGUGCCUGUUGAAGAUUACCUAAGACCAAAGAGACGAGCAGUGAUAGAGCCCAGAGUGGGGGAUUAGAUCCAGCGGCCGAACCCCGGGGAGCUGGCCUUUUAAGAGGGUAAAAAUUCAAACUAGAACAUUUCCGCUUGGACCCAUGCUUAAAGGGGCAGGCACCCAAGGGGCACCCCCUCUCCCUGUGGCCACCUCCGGCCCAGGAGCAUCAGAAGAUUAGGGUGAGGGCAGGGUGAGGGCGAGGGGAGUGAGGAGCAAGAUGAUGGAUCCCAUGUACACCAGAGUCCUGUGGUGGGGCUGGGGUGGCUAUUCCCCCCCGCCAGACAGUUUCCAGAGGCCCCAUUGAAGGUGGGGGCAGCAGCCUCCACUGAGGCAAGUUUGUAUUAAAAACGGUAAAAGAUA